GUCAGGAAUCUAGAGAUGCACACAAGCAUAAUGAAGCAACCUAGGAUACAGAAGAAUAUGCACCCUCUUCUUACCACCACUUUAUUGCUCAUUUUUGUUCAUUGCACAUCAUCAAACACCAUCGUCUUAGAUGGACUAAGCUCCUCUGAACGUUCUACAGUCUACAUUUGUGAAACAACAGGUAUAUGCCCUUCGUUGACCUGCGGAUCCAACAGCAUUAAUGUGGCACUUAAACUUUCGGAACUCACAACCUCUAAGGUGGACGUUCAAAACAUCCAUUUGACCGACAGAAGAUGCAAGAAUUUUGCCACUAGUACUGACUUAUUGAAUGUGGAAUGGCCUCUUGGUUUAGGAAUAUGUGGGACCGAGCUUAUUGUAAAUACAACUCAUGGAGUUUAUAAGAAUAUGAUUUACCUGCCACCUGAUGUAUCUCAGAUUAUCUACAGAGAAGAAAUUGCUAUCAAUGUUUCCUGUACAUACCCGCUAGACAUGCUUACUUCUCUUGGAACUGUCUUGUGGCCAAUUAUGAGCUACACAUAUAUCAUCGUUGACGGAAAAGGGGAGUUUAAAGUAGUGAUGGCGUUGUUCAAAGAUGCAAGUUUCCUUACGCCGUAUCAAGAGAACGAACUUCAACUGUCAACGCAAGAAACUUUGUACGUUGGGGUUUUCAUCGCCGAAGGAGACACGACUUCAUUCAACCUCGUGAUGAAAAACUGUUUUGCUACUCCAAGCAACAACGUGUAUAACCCGGUCAAAUAUCACAUGAUAAAGGACAGUUGUCCAAACUCAGGCGAUAACACAAUAAAAGUUUAUGAAAAUGGAGAAUCUAGCAAAGGAAGGUUCUCUGUGCAAAUGUUUAAAUUUAUUGGAGAUUACAGCCGUGUUUAUCUUCACUGUGAAGUUCAUCUUUGCUACAAGCUGGAUGGAACCAUAUGUAAACCUGCUUGCACUAAUAAACUCUAUCGCAGCGCUUCUUCUUCCCCGGAAAGGUCAAUUAUCAGCCUCGGACCAAUAGACCGUGCAGUGUCUGUUGGGACAAAUGGAGUUGGAAAAAUGUCUAAUUGGAACAUGAUGACAUUUGUGGGCUUUAUUUUAUCAGUCUACCUCUUUUUUUAAAUAUGUUAAAUUUCAUCCUUUAAUAUACGGUAAAUCAGGAGGCAAAAUCACAAGAUAAUGUUCAUUUGUGUGAAUGUGGCACUAGAAUGCAAUGGACUUUCAGUGUUAUCAAACAUGAAAUAAUAAUUUGCUCUCGAUAUUUAGAAAUAAAUUCGGACCAUUUAAACUUGCUGAAGCGCCAUUAUGGAAGUAAUUAUUUGUUUUCUAAAACGAUUAGAUCUAUGAUUAUUUUCAAUUUAUCUCUAUAAAUCUCAGAGAAUUACAGCAAUGUAUUUCCCUUUUAAUGCAAUAAAUGUUAUUCGCAAUUGA